UUACGUCUAAAGUUUAAACGCCGACGUUAAAGCUCUCCCUCUCCUCUAGAACCUUCUUCUUCACUUGCUUCAUUUCUUCAUCGAAAUCAUGCCUCGUCGUUCUGGUGGAGGAAGAUCUGCUCCUCGUCCCACGGCUCCGCCAGUCCGUAACCCUCCUCAGCCAGCUCAACGUGCUCCUCCACCAGCCCCUGCUCCUGCUUCCUGCGGCGGAUCUAUGCUUGGGGGUCUCAAUGCCACUAUAGCUCAGGGUGUUGCCUUUGGAACUGGUAGUGCCGUGGCACAUAGGGCUGUGGAUGCUGUUGUUGGUCCUCGCACAAUCCAACAUGAAACUGUUGUUAAUGAGGCAGCUGGUGCUUCUCCAGCUUCUGUUAACAACAAUGUUGGUGAUGCUUGUGGAAUCCAUAACAAGGCCUUCCAAGAUUGCCUGAACAAUUUUGGGAGUGAAAUCAGCAGAUGCCAGUUCUACCUUGAUAAGUUGAGCGAAUGCCGCAAGAACUCUGGUAUAUAUUUAGUACUGGUGGGCUGAUGCCUAUUGUUAUGCCACUUUUUAAAUGCUUUGAUGUCUAUGGUAUUGGUGACUCCUA